GAUAACGGACUUAUAGCCGAUUUCUCUGGCCCCCCAAUUUGGGAAUCAAAUCCCGGACGAGCCCCCAAUUUGGUUAUGUACCCCGUAACUGGGUGUCUAACCAGCAGAGAAAGAAGUAUCCGUUGGAGUCUGGUGGUACUAUUUUCAAACAGUGUUUAUUAGUAAAAUACACAAAUCAAUAUCAAUAAUGCAAAUAUAUAUAUAAUACACGUUAGCAAUACUAAACCGAAAAGUGUGUGAAUAAUAAUACGCAAUAAUAAACAAGCUCUAUCAAUGUCUAGUGGAUAAUGAAUUGUCAUAUGUGAAUAUAACGUACAGUUCAGUUCACACUUGCUGAGGUAGAUGUUGGUCGUUGUGUUGUAAUUGUGAGAGAGAGAGAGAGAGGAGAGAGAGAAAGAAGAGAGAGAGAGAGAGAUGUAACAGCUACAGGCAGGCAAACCUUCCUUUACGUUCUUGAUCCGUCGAUGUGUUGUGGCCAUUCAGGUACGACCCCUCUGUCCUUCUGUGGUGGACUCGUCACUCUGGCAUGAGUGGGCACACAGAGAAGCCCCCACCGGCCCUGCUAUAACACUGUGAGUUAAACUGACCGAUCCUUUGUUCGGUCUCCGGUGCCCCACACCUUCACGUGGGUUCCAACACUCAAGCAGUGCUCAAUAGUGUGUCCUGGUGUGUCUGAAGGGAGUCUCCGUAGACCUCACUUUUAUCCCUUCUCACGGGGUUUCAGUUGUACAUCAAUUUUGAAUGGCUGUGUCCAUCAAACCAGCCCACUCCGGCUGUCCACUGAGGAAUUUUAAUGAACAGAAUGGUACAAGGUGAACAACCCUCUCAGAAGCCAUAAGUCUUUCAGAAGUCAGAAUAUGGUGGAUCAACAAGUCUCACUCCCCUGCUUUAUCUCUCUCUCUUAUCUGUAGCAGAUGUUCCAAUUCCAGCAUGUUUUCUCUUACAUUCUCUCUCUCAUUAGCAGCAUAGCAACAGUAACGGUUUGUGAUUCUCCAAAAGGCGGGGGGGGGGGGGAGAUGGGCAACUCUGCACCCUUCUGCCCAUCAGAGCUGUUCAUCCUUCGUAACACUGGCAAGUCCACAUCUGACAUGUGGAGGGUGUUUAAAGUCCAUCUGCACGGAGUAUAGGGUAUUUUGAAGUACGGGAGGAGACAGUGUUGGGUCUCUAUGUUCGGUGCUCAGUGACGCUCUCUUGCCCUCCGCUGUUGGAGUGCGUGGUUAUUUGAGUUCUUGCCGCUUUCCUGUCGGAUUCAAUCAGUCUGCCCAAUCUCACUGAGCUCUCUCAUUAACGGGGCCUUUAGAACCGCUGUUCACUGGAUUUUCCUUUGGUUUGAUUCCGGACCAUUCUCAGUAAACUGAGAGAUUUACACUUGAGAAUCCAAGCUGCUGAUCAGUUUCCGUAACACUCAGACCACCCGGUCUGGCACCAGCGAUCAUUCCCCGGUCAACGUCACUUACAUCACAUUUAUUUCCUCUUCAGAUGUUUGGCCUGAAUAACAACUGAACCCGUUGACCAUAUCUGCAUGUGUUUGUGCUUUGAGUUGCAAGCAGAUGAUUAACAGAUUCGUAUUAAUGAGUUGGUAUAGAGUUGUACCUAACAAAGAGGCCAUUUAAUACAUUUCCCAUUUAGACAAACCCUCACCCAUCUCGAAUAUGAACACGGAUGAGAUCUGAGCCUGAUUGUUGAUGAUCUGCAUGUUUGUAACAACAGGUUGUCGCUGGCAAGGCAGUGGACAAAACACUGUUAUAAGGUGAGGAAUAUCUGGAGAGAGAGACCCGUCACUGUUCCCUCUAAACUGCUCGUCUGCGUAACCACAAUGCUCCCACGAACGGAGCCUUUGUUGCAGCGCAGAUGGAAUUAAACACUGUCGUAUAAACGUUUAUGAAACCUGAAAGUUUUUCUUUGUUGUACUGCAUUUUUAUCCUAUCCUUUAAUUAGUAAUUAAAAUCAAUAGCAUGUUUUUUUCCUCUUGUCUGUCUUAAUCCUAAAAUAUUCAUGGAUGCAUUUUACAAAAGAGGACGCAUCUAUGGUGUUGUGCUUUUCUCAGUCCGUGUGAAAAGUUCCGUCUCAGAGCAAUGGCUGAUCCACGCAGCUGCAAAAAUAGUCAUUAGAUGGAACAUUGGAGACCGACCCACAUUACAUUCUAUGCAUAUUAAUCACGAUUGAAUAUGGUACAUUAUCGUGCUUCCUGUUAUAGAGGAGAUGUUAAAAGUCAAUAGAGUGGACAAAACAGUUUCACCGGGAGCCUCUCUGGUAUCCAGGAAAUAGUAAUGAAUAACGCAAGAAAAAUUAAUAAUCAUUUCGCCUUGUCCGUAGGAGCCUACUUUAAGGCAGUGAUGCUCAGGUGCUUAACAAUAUAGAACUAAUACUGAACAGCGAAUAACUAGACGGUCCAUUUGCUAUAAAUUCAAGAGCUUUUCGUUUUCGUUUCUCUAAAGAUCACUAUUAAUGCCCCGAUAAUCACUUUUACUAUUUUUUCAGAACACUGUGUGUUGUACCUCCCCCAUUAUAGGUAUGAGCAAGGAUGCGAUCUGGGCCAAAUUGCGCAAUUAAGCGUUCAGCAUAUCACGCAUCAUCCUGGAUAAUCCCAGUUCUGAUACUUGGUCUUCCACAGUGUCUUGUUCCACAGAUGCAAUCUGCUGCACCGAGUUUCCAGCACUAUAAGGGGACGCAGGAAUAUGGCAUUGGGGCAAAAAAAAUCAACCAUGUUUGAAUGAUGGAGGAGACUCGAUGGAAUGAAUCACUUCAUUCUGCUCGGAUAUCUCAUCAUGACUGAAUGAUGAGUCCUUCGUAUCCCGUAUCCGGAUUUGUGACGUGUGAGGGAAAAUUAAUGAUUUGUUCCAUGAGAUCCUUUUAUUUGUCUUCAGCGUUUAAAUUUCAGUGAGAUUCGCUUUUGAAAAAAUUGAGCAGAAAUAUUUUUUCUCCUUUGUAUUGUUAAUGAGCUUCAUUAUCUCUCUGGUUAAAGUUAGACCUGCGGUGAGAGAUUUAUUGGAAGAAAAGCCGACAGCUGGAAAGCCACGAAUGAGAACGAGUGAACAGCGACCAGUGAACCAGCCCGAGGACUGAGAGUACCAACUGAAGAGAACCCUCUGACUCAGAGUUUCCAUUGAUUUAGUCAGGAGAAAGUUUGGUGAGUCUCAUUCACUCGAACACUGGUCCUGUAAACAUUACAGACCUUUACAAAGGAAGGUACGAAAUAGGUGGAAUGCCUCGGUCAGACCAAGUUGCAAUCACUCCAGGUCUGGUAAUGUGCUUUCAGAAGCCCAGCUCUUUACAGUCACUCACAUUCUCUGAGUGUUUGCUCAUUUGAAGGUGCUGCAUCUUCUGAAGAAGCUUUUGGUUAGUUCUGAUGUUUCCUUGUUACGUUAUAAUCAUCUUAAAAUGCGUUGACAAUUUCCUCCCUUUAUAAGAAGCCCCAAGUGUGUCGUGUUGCAGUGAUUGUAGAAAUGUGGAAUUACCAUGAACUGCAGCAACAUGCCCUUGAUCCCAUUGGCUAUUGCAAUCUGCAGUGAUAUACUUACCCUCGAAUAUAUCGUCGUGUAGGCUUCUGCAGAGAACAGACCAUUUAUAAAGGAAAAUAUCCCAACACUGCAUUUUAUUCAGUCCAAACUAGCACAUGGCAACCCAUAAUUUAGCUUGACAGACCUUGGCCUCAUCAAGUACUUUUCUGCUAAUUACAUUGUCAAAACCUGUGAAGGUGACAUUAAGCAGAGGUGGAAAUUCAAAGUUAUGCUCCCAUGGAUGUUGUGCAAGGGCCUUCAGCAAAGCAUUUGACAAGGUGUCACAUGGCAGCUUGGUCUCGAUGAUCAGGUUCCACGCUGUCCGGAGAGAGCAAAUUGGAUGUAUUCAAAAUUAGCUUCAAGGUAGCAAGCAAAGAGUGGUGGUUGAAGAUUUCUCCUCGCAAUGGAGGCGUGUAAUUAGCAGUAUUUUAUAGCAAUGAUUUGGAUGCGGUUGCACAAGGAUUACUUGACUGGUAAGUUCGCAGAAUGCACAACCUUAGUAUUUGUUGUUCACAGAGAAGAUUAUCGUAGCAUCUAGGGGAUCUAAAUGGACAGGGUCUGGUAAAGAGAUUGCAAACCCAAUCUGAUCAGCAGCGGAUUCAUGCAGAUGUUGGGGAUCAUGUGGACGAAACAGCCAGAGGAAGUGGAUGAGGCAGGUGCAGUUCCAUAAAUCAAAAAGCAGUUGGGGUGUGUAGAUGGAGUGAAGAGGCCAGAAGGGAGAUGGCCCUAUCACAGGAAAUCCUGACCAUCUCAGAGGGCACUGUGGUUGGCAUUGUGUCGUUGGGCUGAACGCUCUGAAUUUGCAUUUUCUUGCUCUGUGACUCUGUCAGUAGAUGCGCCAGGUACCAGUGGACAGAUAUGGUGUGGAAGUGGUUACUAACAGGGAAUGUUUGGUCCCCAUGCCAAAUGCUACAAGGGAUGGAAAUACUGUCAUAUUUGCAAAGCAGUCGUACUCUCCGACUCACUGUCUGCUUGUUGUGAAAUUUAGAGCCUCACCAGCAGGUGGAGCCGUCCUGCAGAGCGACCAAAGUGUAAACAAGACGACGACAAUCAACAAUCGUCAGUCAGAAUCAGAAUGGACAAAGAGCCAGAGUUUACAAUCUCUGAACUCCUGGCAGAAGGGGAGGAAUAUCGACUGUACCAACUGACAAAGUUCUACAGGGACAGACUCAAACAAGCAAUUGAAGAAAAGGUUGAGAGACUGGGUUGGAUGUUGACAAAGGAGGGACAUUUCAGUAGAGAAGAAAAUGAGAAAGUCACUGAACUGACAGAGAAGGGAAACCGGGCAGAGAGUUCCAGACUCUUCCUCAGUCUGGUGAAUGGCAAAGGCUCCCGGGCCCGGAGGGCGAUGUGGGAAUCUUUUCUGAUGUGGAGGACUGAGUUACCGAAGUUGGACAGAAUACUGAGGGAAAUACAGGAACUCGGUCCUGAUCCACAAGAAUACAUGAACAUCGGCCAAGGUUUAUCUGAAUUACCCACUCAGCUGAUAGAUGUUCAACAGAAACACAAGGAGACUCUGCGAACACGAACUGAAAAACUGAGAGUGAACACGAUCCUGAUGACGGAGAAGGUGAAGGUUUUCCAGCUGGCUGAUCGAUACGCUGAGCUCACGGUCAUUUCUACUGUUCGAGAUCGGACACUGGUGGAACAUGAGCUGCUGGCAAGAGGCAGAGACCAUGAGGAUUAUAGAGAGAAACAACUCCGCAGACAGCUGGAAAAAAUCCGGACUGAUCAGUUAUUCCAGAGCAGCUUUUCCCGGAGUAAAUCCAAAUCUGGGAGUUCAGCAGCAGUGGCCGGAGUCCCGGGGAUCGGGAAAACAACGAUGGUACAAAAGAUUGUUUAUGACUGGGCCAUGGGGAAAAUAUACCAACAGUUCCAGUUUGUCUUCAGUUUCAAAUUCCGAGAUUUAAACAGUAUUGACUGUCGAAUAAACCUGAAGGAACUGAUUCUGGAUCAGUAUCCUUACUUUGGGAAUAUCCUGAGAGAAGUCUGGAAGAACCCAAAGGGAUUGCUGUUUAUAUUCGAUGGUUUAGAUGAAUUCAAACACAAAAUCGAUUUUGCGGACAGUCGGAGAGAUACAGAACAAAAGCACCAGUGCCCAGAUCCCGAGUGGUGGUGUGAAGUGUCUGACAUUGUGUACAGUUUAAUCCAGGGCAAGCUGCUCCCAGGGUGUUCAGUGCUGGUGACCACCCGCCCCACUGCGUUACAUUUAUUGGAAAAGGCGAAUAUCAGUGUCUGGGCUGAAAUCCUGGGAUUUGUUGAUGAGGAACGGAAGGAAUAUUUCAUCAGACAUUUUGAAGAUCAGACGGUGGCGGAAGCUGUUUUCAAUUAUGUGAAGGAGAACGAGAUCCUGUACACCAUGACCUACAACCCCUCCUACUGCUGGAUCCUCGCUCUGGCACUGGGCCCCUUCUUCACACAAAGAGUCAGGGACCCACAGCGAGUUCCCAAGACCAUCACCCAACUGUACUCCUACUAUAUUUACAACAUCCUGAAAAACCACGGCCGUGAGAUUGAGAGACCCCGUGAUGUGUUACUCAGGGUUGGUCAGAUGGCCUUCAGAGGAGUGUCCGAGAAGAAGAUUGUGUUUACAGAUGGAGAUUUGGUCAACUACAGUCUGCAGCCUUCCCAGUUCCUGUCCGGGUUCCUGAUGGAGCUUUUGGAGAGAGAGGAUUCUGCCCAAAGCGUGGUGUACACAUUCCCACACCUCACCAUCCAAGAGUUUGUAGCUGCAGUCGCACAAUUCCUGAAUCCACAUCCCGGGGAUAUCCUGAAAUUCCUCACUGAAGCCCACAACACGACAGAUGGGCGAUUUGAGGUAUUUCUCCGUUUUGUUGCUGGUCUCUCCUCUCCAAUGACAGCUCGGGGCCUGGUGGAGUUUCUGGGUCCAUUUCCUCAUGAAACAACCUGCCGGGUGAUUGACUGGGUGAAGGAGGAGGUUAAACGUCAGAUUGGAAACACAGGGAGUGAAGCUGGUAAAAGGAGCCUCCUGAACACAUUGCACUACCUGUUUGAGUCUCAGAAUCGUGGACUGUCUCAGGAAACACUGGGAUCUGUGGAAACACUUUCAUUCCGUGGAAUGACACUGACCCCGAUUGACUGCGCGGUCCUGUCUCAUGUCAUCGGACUCUGUGAUACAAUAAAACACCUCAACCUGGAGGGCUGCCACAUUCAGUGUGAGGGAAUCCAGCGGCUGGGACCCGGGCUGCACAAGUGCCAGGAGUUGAGGUAACUUGAUUUAUCUCUCACUCGGAACUGUGAAACUGUUCUAUUGUGUCAUUUCAAUGUAAAGAGAUUUGGGUUAAACUGUGAUAAAUCAGAUUGUGAAGAAUUGUGACAAAUGCCCAGGGGAUCGGUCAGCAAUUCCCCAAGGACAGGAGGGUUCUGUGGUUCCUUGUGAAGGGAUGUUGGAGACUUCAUCAGAUCAGUGAACAACGACCAUUGGUUUAAUGGUAGUAAAUCACAGGAAUGGCCGUGUUUCCUGCUGCCUGUGACACGUCCAUUGACAAUGUUCCUUCUCACUGUUACUGACACCCAGAUCGACACUGACUGCAGCAGAUGGGUCAAAGAUUCACACCCCCUUCCCGGUGAGGGACAAGAGGCCGUCUGCAGACUGUCCCAGUGAGAAGGAAAGAAAUACCAUUGUGAGAUUGCCCUCCCCUGCCCUUUCCUGUUUGUGACUUUGCUCACUACCAGAUACACAGAGAGCGAGGCCGCAUCUCCUCUGGGUCUCUGUUCAGACCCAACACACGCGUACAAAAAUUCCCCUUCCUCCUUUCGGAUCUCUCUUCCAAUCCCCCUUCCUCCUGU